AAAAGAAGUAUGACGUAGCGAUGAACUUGACCUUCCUUCAUCAACGCAUGCGUUUUUUCCAGCUUUUACUCUUAUUAAAUUUUGAAAUUGUUUUCUUAGCUGUCAGAGAAAAAACGAUACUGAUCUUUUGCCUCUGAAAUUUAUACUGUUGCGACUUACAUUAUACAUUUGCAUCUUCUGAAGAACUUCCUGGAUUCUGAUUCAUCAAUUAUGUGGCAAGAUUGUUCUAAAGAUAAGGUUUAUGUUCUCGAUGGUGGAUUAGCAUCUGAAUUAGAAAGGGAUGGCUUUACUUUGUUACAUGAUCCCUUAUGGAGUGCAAGGAUGCUUCAUAAAAAUCCAGAUGCUAUAGUUCGAGUUCAUGACAAAUAUCUGGCAAAUGGAGCUGAAAUUAUUAUAACUGCUAGUUACCAAGCUAGUAUUCCUGGCUUUCAAAAACAUCUUGGUGUAACUUCUGAAAAAAGUAAAGAAUUGUUGAAAUCAAGUGUUGAAUUAGCCCGUAAAGCAAUACGGGAACACCGAAAUAAAACUAAAGAAACUAAAGAAAUAUUUGUAGCUGGUUCAGUAGGUUCUUAUGGAGCAGCCUUGGCUGAUGGUUCUGAAUAUACAGGAGAUUACUGUGAUAUUAUAACUCAUGAAGAGCUAAUCAGUUGGCAUCGUCCUCGGAUAGAAUGUUUAAUUGAUGCUGGAGUUGACCUCUUAGCAUUUGAGACAAUACCUUCUGUGAAAGAAGGUGAAGCUUUGAUGAAAUUAUUGAAAGAAUUUCCAAAUGUAAAAGCAUGGUUAAGUUUUUCCUGUCAGUCUAUGCAUCAAACUUCACACAAGGAAGAUAUUGCUACUUCAGCAUUAACUUGUAUGAAAAUGGCUCCUCCUGGACAACUUGUUGCUAUUGGUGUGAACUGUUGCCCACCAGAAUUUGCUAAAAGUCUUUUAAAAGAUAUAGGUGCAGUUUCCAAUGGAUUUCCUUUGAUUGUUUACCCAAAUAGUGGUGAAAAAUGGGAUACAAACGAAGGUUGGAGUGGAGAAAAAGUGAAGCCAAAUUCUUCUUAUAUAGAAUCAUGGAUUGAAUCUGGUGCAAAAAUUAUUGGCGGAUGUUGCAGAACAACACCUGAUGAUAUUUUUGAUAUUUAUAAAUAUUUCCACACUGAAAAAUGAGUUCUGUGAUAUUUUGUAAUUCUAAUAAAUUUUUAUGUUUCUUA